AAAGAAAAUAAGAAAACAUUUUUUUCUCUCUAUACUAGAUUUGGUUCUCUCCUUUCCUCUCCUCUCCUUGUUUUCCAUUGCUUCUCAAAGGCUUCACUUUGCUACCAUGGCCUCGAACAAGUCGCCCUCCUCGUCUGAUGCGUCGUUCCCUAGGGCUGUUGAGCGCUGCACCAUCUGCUUGCUGGACCUGUCACCGACCUGUGGUCGUACGGUGGUCACACUCCGAUGCUCUCACACCUUUCAUCUGGACUGUAUUGGCUCCGCGUUCAACUCCAAGCGCGUGAUGGAAUGCCCCAACUGCCGGGAAGUUGAAGCUGGUCAGUGGCGUUUCUCUGAGGUGAGGCCAAUGCCUGCUCCUAGAAGGCUUGGAGAGGCGCUGGAAGAGAUGCGUGAGGCUGCGUCAGACAUGUUGCCUGAAUAUCAGUGGUGCCCUAACCACGGAUGGGGAUGGUCAGUACAUACAGUUGACUUUGGUCAAGUGGAUGAAACUGACGAUCAUGUGGUUAUCACUGACGAGCCUGAUGACUUGGGGGAACCUGUUGAGCAAGAUGGCCCUCAUGAGAAUGGGCAGCAAGAGAACUUCAGUCUUGGAUCAACUGCUGAGGCCAAUAAGAUUCCUGAUCUGAAUGCAGUGCCAGAGCCGAUGAAUCCUGAUGGAUCGCUGAAUCCUGAGCCUUCCUGGCAUGCGUAUUAUGGAGAAGGCAGUGGUGAGGUCCCAGAGUCCUCUGCUCACCGUCGCUCUGACGGAGUUUCAAAUCUCGGAACUUUGCUGGACUCGCAUGCUCAUAAUGAUAGAGUCCACCUGUCAUGGUCAGCUACCCGUGCAGCUGUUCAAAUCAACCACCCUGCUGGAACCAGCAGCAGCUUCCUACCUGCACCAGGGCGUGAUUCCAUACUGCGUGGUGCUCUCGAGACCCUGAGUGGGCCUAGGUUGCAUGAAACUCAUGUCGUCGCACUCCCCGUUCAAGGGAACCACAUGUUCUCGAUUAGGAGGACCUUGCAUGCCACAGGCCAAUACCAAAACCAGACUGUGGCACACCGUGACAAUUUCUGGGACAUGGAGAUGGAGGCGAUGAGCCCAUUUGAGCAUUUGACUCCAGCUGACGGGGACCUCAAUGUGGAGGCCGCUGCUACUGAAGGCAAUGAGGCGGAGCCCAAUCAGGAGCCGUCCAAUUGAGCAGAGGGGGACCAGGUGAGCAAUGUCAGAGAGAGGUUUGCGGAGAGGAAACGGGAGUCGGUUUAAGAAUGAAGUUCUUGCCUGCUGCAGUUAGUUUGGAGUGUUUAUCUUGGUGAUCUUGUCACUUGAACUCAUUUGUGCUCGUCUUGUUUGUGAUCUUUGACGGUUUGGCUUGUUUGGAAUUCUGGUGAUGUUUUCGGGAUGUUGCUUCGGAAAGGCUUUCUUUUAUGCUAGAUAGGUACAUCGAGUUCUUGGCAUCGGAUAUUUGCAGAAGAGACCCUUUAAACCUUGUGAUAUAUAUGGUUUCUGAUGUGUUUAAACUAAA